UUUUUUAACUUCUAAAACUAGAACAAAUUCUCACAACAUAAAAUUCCCCAAAUGGCGCAAUUCGCGAAAAUUUCCUGCCACCAAAUUACCCGACGUUAAUGUAGUCUAAAAAGUUCUAAAACAGAAUAUUAGGUUCAUCAAAAUCCAGGUCAUCCAUAAUGUCCGGCAUAAUUUGACCUGUUUAUCCUAUUGUGUUUCUUUUUUCUUUCUCGGUAGUGAAAACCUCUGUUCAAAGUGAUAUUAGAAUAAGCUCUACAUAACAAAUGCAACCUCAUUCCCAGUGUUCCUUACCCUAAUUUCUAUACGAAUAGUGGACUUGAUGUCAGAAGAGCUGCAAGAUGCCUUGGGGACAAGGUUGAUAACGAUGAGCACUCUCGUGGGAACUUUCUGUUAUAAACUUUAAAGAGACAUGGUAAGGAAAUCCAUAUUCACGAAAUUGUGAAAUACACUGGUGACAGCUAUCCGAGAUCUUUAUAUAAAGAUACGGAUGAGGAAUGUUAACAACAUUUCCAUCAAAGGUAAAUCUUUUAUAUUACUAACUUUCCCACCAUUGUUUAUAAAGGAACGCUGAUCUAUCUGCGUCAAGACUUACAAAGACUGCUUUAAAUUUGUGGUAUAUAAAUUAUCAAAACAACCCUAUUACAGUGUAGGACGAGAGAGAAAAAGUUGAUCACAGGAUAAGAAGGAAAUCACCAGAAGAUUAUGCGUAAAGUUUAAAUUAAAAUGAAAGUCUUAUCAAUUGUGCUUUUGUUAGCAGGAUACUUAGGUGUCGCUGAAAGUUGUAUGUGCAUGCCGACACAUCCGCAAAAUGCGUUUUGUAAAUCAGAAUUUGUGCUUAAGGCGGCCGUUACGUCGUGGCGUCGCUAUACGUUCAUCAAGAAUUACGAACUGUUUGUCCAGAUGGGAAUACCACCUCCAAGAAUGGCAUACUACAGUAUCUCUGUUGUAAAAAUUUUCAAGGGAAAAGACAAAAUUCAACAUCUUCUCAAAAAUCCAGUCUUUUUCACGCAUGCACAAGACAUAAUAAGCAACUGCGGAAAAUUCUUUAACAAAGGAGAAAAAUAUUUACUUGCUGGAAGAUUGGUUGAUGGUCAAAUGCAAACCAGUAUGUGUGAUAUGAAUAGUAAAUGGCAUGAUGUAACAAAACAAAUGAAGCUUGGUAUCAAUGGGAUGUACGAUUGUAACUGUGCUGUAGCUACUUGCGUUGAUGGAUACUGUGAUCGCAAAAACUCGUGCAAAUGGAAUGUUACAUGGGAUAAACCGAUCGAUGAAUGCUCGAUGAAUCACCGUAGUUGUGGCAAGUCAGAGAAAGGAUGUGUGUGGAAUUCUAGCAGUCAAUAUGCAGAGUGUCGCAGGCAGGAGAACUCACUUGUAUAACUGAUGGAUUCUUGUAUUCACUAAUUUGUUUUUUUUUAUUAUUAUUACUUUAUAUAUACACUCUUUUUUUAAAAGAAUAUAAAGCUGGGAAUUAUUCAAAAAUUAGGAAUAUCUUAAGAAUGAUCCACAGGCUGGUUUCUCAUAGAAAGGAGAAUAAAACUUUUUUGUUUUUCCCACUGCUUAUCUUUUCUAUUUUAUGUUUUAUUUUAUAUUUUAUUGAUAUGCGUGAUGGCAGAAGAAAAGUUUCGCGCUAGCCACAUAUCAGAAAGGGGGAAAAGGAGCCCUGGGGAUAAGAUUGCAUGGCAAUAAGUGAUUUUGAAUUUAUUUUUAGAACUAAAAGGCUGCUUGAACUCUUUUUAAAAUUUUGAAAAAGCUCUUUUCAUUCUCAAGAUAAAAAUUAUUCUGCACAAAGCAUCAUGUCAUGAUUACCCCAAUUUUUAUUUGUAUGGCAGGAUAUGAAUUCAGACUUGUUCGACAUAUAAAGAUUACAGAAACAAAAUGGAAAUUAUUGAAAAAUCCUUAAAAUAGUGCCAAUUUGCCCCUAAACUUACCCUGAUCGACACUUCUUCCAAUAGUUUCUUCUUCUGUAUUCAUUUAACGUUCCCUGAAAUGGAAACAUAUUUGUUCGUGAAAUAUUUCACAUCGUUCAACUUUUCUACAUCUUAUUACAUCACUCUGAAUUUCCUCUAAGUAGGUGUUGUUUUCUCUUUUUUGCACAUAGCCUCUAAAUUUGUUGGAAAAUGCAUACUAAAUUGUUUCUUCAUUUGUUUACCUUGAUAAGUUUAUAUAAAGCAGUUUGAAGUAUUCUAAAAGGGAUCUGUCUCCUCUGUUCGUUUAAAUGGCUGUACAUUAUACAGUCAUUUAACCAAACAAAGUGGACAAUUCUUCACUGUAAGAAAAAGUUGUGCGUGUUUCAUUUGUGAAUGACUAGGACUUAAAUUAGCACCAUGAACAUUGUUUGGUCAAUCAAAUUGUUUAAUGUACGACCAUUAUUUGCUUCAGGCAAAUCUUUUUAAGUUUUGUAAUUGUUUAUUAAAAUACAGCAAUAUCUGGCUUAGUCAUGUUUUCAAGGAAACUAUGACCCCUUUUAAGAUAUGAUUUUAACUCGAAACAUCUUCCAUGUUAUUAUGUUGGCCAUUUUUUAUAGGUUUCUAUAUCUAUUACAAUGUAAAGAUUAUUGUCUAUAGAUUGACAUUUAUUGUAGUUGUUCAGAAUUUGAAAAACAUAUAACAAUGUACCGUGCAUUAUAAUUUUGUUACGGAAUUACCAAACCUUCUGUUAUUAUCAUUAAAAAGAUUUCGAAUCGUUUUACAACAGCCAUUCCCGACACUUUUAACCCCAGCCUGUCAUAAAUAACAUUUUGAAACGUUCUUUGAAACCUUAAUUUUUAAAAACUCAAAUGGAUCGCUAAAACAGCGA